UAUUUUUUUCAAAAAUGGAUUAAUUUGAUUUUUUUAAGCAACUUUUGUAUAGAAACUUUUUGCAAAAAAAACACCGUUUAGCAGUUUAAAAAGCGUGCGCGCGGAAAACGAGGGAGAUAAGUUGGGAAAAUGGACGUCCGAACACAGACCGACUAGAUACUCCAUUACACAGCUUCACCAAAUCGCACAUCGUAGAGACAAGUGUUGCAUGAGCAGAGCAAGAAACAUGGCGAGAGAUAAGCAAUCUGCUUUAAUCGUCGCAGCGUUCGUACUCCUCUGUUCAGGGUGUUUGUGCGGAGUUGCAGAUGGGGCGAAGGGAGGGAGGAAGACGAAAGGGCCGGUGAUCGGCAUCGACCUCGGGACGACCUACUCGUGCGUGGGGGUGUACCGGAACGGCCACGUGGACAUCGUCGCCAACGACCAGGGCAACCGGAUCACGCCGUCGUGGGUGGCGUUCACCGACGACGAGCGCCUCGUCGGCGAGGCCGCCAAGAACCAGGCGGCGCUCAACCCGGACCGCACCAUCUUCGACAUCAAGCGCCUCAUCGGCCGUAGGUUCGACGACGAGGAGGUGCAGCGAGACGUGAAGUAUCUCCCGUACAAGGUGGUGGACAAGGGCGGGAAGCCGUACGUCGAGGUGCGGGUCAAGGCCGGCGAGGUGAAGGUGUUCAGCCCCGAGGAGAUCAGCGCCAUGAUCCUCGCCAAGAUGAAGGAGACAGCCGAGUCCUACCUCGGCCAGCGCGUCACCGACGCCGUCGUCACCGUGCCUGCGUACUUCAACGACGCGCAGAGGCAGGCGACCAAGGACGCCGGCACGAUCGCCGGGCUGAACGUGCCGCGGAUCAUCAACGAGCCGACGGCGGCGGCGAUCGCGUACGGGCUCGACAGGAAGGGGGCGGGGGAGAUGACGAACGUGCUGGUGUACGACCUCGGCGGCGGGACGUUCGACGUGAGCGUGCUGAGCCUCGACCACGGCGUGUUCGAGGUGCUCGCCACCAGCGGCGACACGCACCUCGGCGGCGAGGACUUCGACCGCCGCGUCAUGGACCACUUCAUCCGCCUCGUCAAGCGGCAGCACGGCAGGGACAUCGGCGGCGACGGCCGCGCGCUCGGCAAGCUCCGCCGCGAGUGCGAGCGCGCCAAGCGCGCGCUCAGCAGACAGCACCAGGUCCGCGUCGAGAUCGAGGCGCUGUUCGUCGGCGUCGACUUCUCGGAGACGCUGACGAGGGCCAAGUUCGAGGAGCUCAACAUGGACCUGUUCAAGAAGACGCUGGGACCUGUCCGGAAGGCCAUCGCCGACGCCAAGCUCAAGAAGUCCGACAUCGACGAGAUCGUCCUCGUCGGCGGCAGCACCAGGAUCCCCAAGGUGCAGGAGCUCCUCAAGGAGAUGUUCGACGGCAAGGAGCCAACCAAGGGGAUCAACCCCGACGAGGCUGUCGCCUAUGGCGCCGCCGUCCAGGGCAGCAUCAUCAGCGGCGAGGGCGGCGCCGAGACCAAAGACAUCUUGCUGCUCGACGUGACGCCAUUGACGCUCGGGAUCGAGACCGCCGGCGGCGUGAUGACCAAGCUGAUCCCCCGGAACACGAGGAUCCCGGUGAAGAAGUCGCAGGUCUUCACGACCUACGAGGAUCACCAGACCACGGUCUCGAUCAAGGUUUUCGAGGGCGAGCGGAGCUUGACGAAGGACUGCCGCGAGCUGGGGCGGUUCGACCUGUCCGGGAUUGCGCCGGCGCCGCGCGGCGUGCCGCAGAUCGAGGUGACGUUCGAGGUCGACGAGAACGGCAUCCUGCACGUGACGGCGUCGGACAAGGCGGCGGGGCGGUCCAAGUCGAUCACCAUCACCAACGACAAGGGCCGGCUCAGCCAGGAGGAGAUCGACCGGAUGGUGCGCGAGGCCGAGGAGUUCGCGGAGGAGGACCGCCGCGUCCGGGAGCGCGUCGACGCGCGCAACCGCCUCGAGAACUACGUGUACCGCAUGCGGAGCGCCGUGCGGGACGGCGGCAUGGCCGGCAAGAUCGGCGACGACGACAGGGAGAGGAUGGAGUCCGCCCUGACGGAGGCUCUGGAGUGGCUGGAGGACAACGACGGCGGCGCACGGACGGCGGAGAAGGAGGACUACGAGGAGAAGCUGAAGGAGGUGGAGCAGGUGUGCGGCCCGAUCAUCAAGCAGGUCUACAAGAAGAGCGGCGACGCGUCGGCCGGCGCCGGAGACGACGACGACGUGAAUGAGCUGUAGAGCAUUUUCGCUGCUCCAUGUAUAGUG